AGCAGGAGCUGGAGCUGGAGUCAGUGCCAGUCGGUGUGAGGAGCCGAGCGGGACCGGCCCGGUUAGAGCGAUGCGCGGCGGCGGCAGCGAUGGCCAAAUGGUUCAAGGAGCACCUGGGUUUCAGGAGCAGCAAGGGGCCCCCACAGCCCCCGAAACCCGACUACCGCCCGCGGCCGGGGGCAGAGCCCGACAUCCUGGCCGCCUACAAGCUGCAGAAGGAGCGGGACUUCGAGGAUCCGUACACCGGCGGCUCCAGCUGCCUGCAGCGGCUUCGCUCCGAGGCGGCCGGGCCAGGGGCAGCUUCUGUAGCUGCGGCUGGAGCUCCCGGUGCCGGCUCCUCUCCACAUCACCACCCGGCCAAGAACGCUGCUUCUCCCGAACUCAAGUACAUCUCCCCGAAACACCGGCUCAUCAAAGUGGAAAACCCCGAGAAAAACUGCAGCAAGUUGGCUCCAUCUCCAGAGGACAACAAGCAGGACAAGGUCAUUAUUCUCGAAGACUACGCAGAUCCAUUCGAUGCUAAGCAGUCUGGUGUGACUCAGGUUGGACAGGAGAAAGUGACUGAGAAUGAUGGCUACAUGGAACCUUACGAAGCCCAAAAAAUGAUGGCAGAGAUACGCCGGAGAGGGUCCAAGGAUGUAUCCUGCAGACCGCUGCCACUAUACGACACACCGUACGAGCCCAUGGAGAACGGCGGAGAGUCCGAUACGGAGAAGCCAGUCUCCCAUCGCCUCCGAGAGAGUCGUCUCCCAGAGGACGAUGAGCGGCCGCCAGGAGAAUACGACCAGCCCUGGGAAUGGAAGAAGGAUCGAAUCUCCAAAGCAUUUGCAGUUCAGUUCGAUGGCGUCAACAAGAAUUGGCCGUCGCCACCCAAGGAAGAGAAGGUCCGGCACCAGAACAGGCUAUCGGGAUCCAACUUCAAAUCUCUAAAACAUCAAAGCCUGGAAUUUAGUGGAGCGCUGGGGGAGAGAGUGGAGCCAAACCUGCCUCUCGGGAACCAAACCUGGUAUCACGGAGCAAUCAGCCGGAUAGAUGCAGAGAAUCUCUUACGUUUGUGUAAGGAAGCCAGUUACCUGGUCCGGAACAGCGAGACCACCAAGAACGACUACUCCCUCUCACUGAAGAGUAACCAGGGGUUCAUGCACAUGAAACUCACCCGAACCAAAGAGAGUAAAUACAUCUUGGGUCUGAACAGCCCUCCAUUUGACAGUGUGCCCGAGAUAAUCCACUACUACAGCAGCCGCAAACUGCCCAUCAAAGGAGCUGAGCACAUGUCCCUGCUGUACCCAGUGGCUAUCAGAACGCUAUAAUGAUCGGAGAUUGUCUGAACACGUUCCAUAGACAGAGCUCACUCCUGUAAAGAUCCUUCUGUAGACUAACGCUCACUCACACACGCAGGCAACCCAGCGACGGCGACCUUUGACCUUCAGCCAGUGACACUCCACGUGCAUGCUCAGAGUGACCGGAAUGACCGGUUUCCGAAUUUGGCCGAGGCAAGAGAGCCCUCUGACCAGCACCUGCCUCCGUCCCUUUGUGAAACCACUGAUCUGAACCAGGCACUCCCUCCUGCCAAUCCACACACUGGGACUGCAGCAUGUAGCGAGUUAUCAACAGCAACUGAAACUUCUUGGAACUUUGGAAUAUUGUCAGAAUCUUUAACUAAUGUAUAUUUAUGAGGAGUCUUUUUUUCCAGUUUAUUCUUCAGGGUGGCUUUGGGCUUGGCAAGUCUGUCUCUGAUCUAAAGCUCAGCUUGGGUGUGAGGGCAGAAACCACUCCCUGAGACAGGAACUCGACAGACAAUCCCCGAGACAGACCACAGGCUGGGACAUGGCUAAACUGGUACAAUCUCCCAGGGAUGAGUGUAACAGUGGUGGACAGAGUUUAACUCUGUGUCUAACCCUGUGCUGAUGCUGUCCUCUGAGUGUCUGAUGGGGACUAGUGUAGAGGAAGCUUCACUCUGUAUCUAACCCCCUUUUGUCCAUGUCCUCUGAGUGUCUGAUGGUGCGGGUGUAGAGGGAGCUUCACUCUGUAUUGAACCCUGUGCUGUCCCUGACCUGGGGUGUUUGAUGGGGACAGUGUACAAGGGACUUUAUUCUGUAUCUAACCCCAUGUUGUCCCUGUUGUGGGAGUGUUUGAUGGGGGGACAGUGUAGAGGGAACUUUACUCUGUGUCUAACCCCAUGUUGUCCCUGUUAUGGGAGUCUUUGGCGGGGGACAGUGUAGAGGGAGCUUUACUCUGUAUCUAACCCCAUGUUGUCCCUGUUAUGGGAGUGUUUGGCGGGGGACAGUGUAGAGGGAGCUUUAUUCUGUAUCUAACCCCAUGUUGUCCCUGUUGUGGGAGUGUUUGGUGGGGGACAGUGUAGAGGAAGCUUUACUCUGUAUCUAACCCCAUGUUGUCCCUGUUUUGGGAGAGUUUGAUGUGGGACCGUGUAGAGGAAGUGUUACUCUCUACAUGUCCCCUUGCUGUCCCUAUCCUGGGUAUUAUUGAUCAGACACUCAGGAACUUAAAGGAAGAAAGUUACCAUCUCCAGAAGCUUGAAGACCAGAAGAGAAGAGAAGAUACAGGUAGUGAAUGGUGACUGUACUGUAUUUAACCUUGUCCUUCACAGUUACAUUCCUGUUCAUCUGCUGUCAAAAUAAUUGACUAAGAUGGAGCCCUCACACAUUGAAUUGGAGGAGAGAUGUGAAGGGUUUGGGAUCGAAAACCCAAUGUUGAGUUGUGGACAGGGCACAGGUUCAAGUAUGGGGGGGAGGAAAUUGGUUGAGAUAAUUCUCAGUGAGGAGAUGCCAGCAGCAGCUCAUUAUGUACCGAUGCAGGCGAGUUACUCUAAUUGGGGUAAAAAAGGAUAUCUUGCAAAAACAUUUCGAUUUAGUGCACCAAAAAUCAUUUCUAUAUUACCCAACUCCUGCGGUGUUUUGGAAAAGUACAAGUUGCCCUUCUCCUUUUCUGGUUUAUAAGCUGCUUAUACAAUUAAUUUCCUGUCCAGAAGAUCCUUUCCAAGUUGAAUAGUAUUUGCACUCCAGAAACUGGCCGUUCUGCCCAUCUGGUCAAUGCUAGUGUUUAUACUCUGGACAAUCCUACUCCCUCCUUAUAUCCUCAAACCCCAUUAACAUAUCUUUCUAUAAUCCAUUCUCUCUCAUGCAUUUAUCCUGUAUCCCCUUAAAUCCAUUGACACCACUCACCUCAAUUACACCCUGGUGGUAAUGAGCUCCACAUUCUCACCACUCUCCAGUGGUUUUUCCUGGAUUCCCAAUUAAGCAGUGACUAUCUUAAAUAUAUGGACCUUGGUUUUGACUUCCCUACAAAUGGAAACAUCUUCUCUAUGUCAGCUCUAUCAAACCUUUUCUUCAUUUUCAACACUCCAUUAUUUUGUUUCGUCAGGAAAGGAUUUUCAGCCCAUAUGAUGUUACCUGAUCAGUUCAGGGUCAGCCAACACAAGAGUGUGAGGGUGUGAGAGAUAAAAUCUUUGAGGUAAAAACCCUACAACAGAUGGCUUUUAGUUUAGAUCUCAAAUUUAAAGAUAAGGUCACGUCGUGGUUAUGUUAGUUGGCUUGUGAAACAGAGAAUUGGGGUUUUAAUCUGCUGAAGGAGACUUUUGGAUUAGAUUAUCUAUAGUAUGAACACAGGCCCUUCAGCCCAACAAGUCCACACUGACCCUCCAAAGACUAACCUACCCAGACUCAUUCCCUUACCCUAUAUUUACCCCUGACUAAUGCACCUAACACUAAGGACAAUUUAGCAUGCCCAAUUCAUCUAACCUGCACAUCUUUGGACUGUGGGGGGAAAUUGGAGCACCCGGAGGAAACCCACACAGACACGGGGAGAAUGUGCGAAUGCCACACAGACAGUCACUGGAGGCUGGAAUCGAACCAUGGUGCUGUGAGGCAGCAGUGCUGACCACUGAGCCACCGUGCUGCCCAAAUUUUAGAAUUUUGUCUUAAAACAUUAGUGUUGAUGAGGUGAUGCUGAAGUGAUUCGAUUGCAAAAAAAAACCCCAUCUGGGUUCUCUGACGUCCUUUGAUGAAGGAGAUCUGCUGUCCUGACCAAGUCUGGGCAUGUAUACAGCUCUGGACCCACCCUGGUGUGGUUGAUUAUUAACUGCACUGUGAAGUGAGUCAGCAAGACCCUCAGUUUUUAUUAACUUGUUAUUGGGAACUAGUGUACAGCAAUCAUCAUAACUUCACCCAGUUUUGUGAAAUAUAAACACGAAGAACUUCUCAUCAACCAAUCAGCUUCCCAGUGAGAUGUUUCAGUCCAAACUCUAUUUUGACCCGGUUGCUUGUUGGAUGAUGCUGUGUAAUAAUGGACAGCGAGCUCCCACACUGGGGCUCCCACAUCUGAAGACUGAACCUUUGGGUGCCAGAAGGUUCCAUAAUGCCGUGUUUGCGUAAACGUCAGCGCUUUCUCAAGACGAAAAGAAGAAAGCGAGGGAAAAGUGAGAGGGUGCAACUUGUCGUCAGAUUUCAAACUCUAGGAGUUAAAAACUUAAUGCUGCUUGAAGCUUAUAAAAUGGUGCCACUUGUUUUGGAAGGACAUGAGAAUGAUUCCUUCGAAUGGUGGACGACACUGUGGAGUCUCUUUUGGUACACUUUAUUUAUUAAAGAGAGAAACUAAUCUGCGGGAAAUGUGGUUUCUGAAA